AGGGGCCUGAUCUCGGAGCAGCCCAACGAGGGGCUUUUCUUUCUGGACACAGGAAAUGCCCCCAAAGGCCGACGCCUCAGGAGGACCCCAGAGAAGCCCCUUCACGUGGACCUCGUUCUGCAGCCCCUCUCCAAGGUGCCCCCUCCCAAAAACAUCUCCGCCCACCAGACCCCGAACGGGCGGAAGGAGAAGAAACGUCGGGAAUUUUGGGAGAAAAAGGCAGAAAAAGGGAUUUUCCCGCGGGGGGAGCGACGGCUCCGGCGCCGCCUGAGCCGGGGGGGGGCCCCCAAACCCCAAAAACCCCCCGAAUUGGGGCGCUCCGACCCCCAGAGGGGCUUCUACGACAUCUGGGGGGAGCACAACCCCCUGGAGGAGCCCCUGGCAGGGCAGGACCUCUGGUACCUCCAGCAGACCAAGAAGCUGCCGGUGCAGGUGAGAUUUGGGGGGCACCACCCGGAUCCGGACGAAGCCGUCGCCCAUUCCACCCGUAGUGAGGUCAUCGGGGCGGGGGGGGCCUACAACCCCCCCUUCCAGGCCCACCAGGAUUUGCUGCUGCGGGCGCUGGAGGUGGAGACGAGGAGGAAGAGGGAGGAGGAGAAGGUGGAGAGGAGGCUGAAGGUCCACGAGGAGCCGCCCACCGAGGAGUCGAAGCUGCGGGAGCAGCUGGAGGGGCUCCUGGAGGAGGAGGAGGAGGAGGAGCAGGAGCAGGAAGGGGAAGGGAAGGAGGAGCCCCCGAAAAAACGGGAACAGCCGGGAAAGAAAACGGAGAAACAGCGACGGAAGGAGAAGGAGGAGAAGGAAAAGAGGCAGCUCCGGGUGGGCUCCCGCGCGGCCGCCCUGCGGCUCCAGGGGCUGUUCCGGCUGCGGAGGCAGCUCCGUUUGGGCUCCCGCGUGGCCGCCCUGCGGCUCCAGGGGCUGUUCCGGCUGCGGAGGCAGCUCCGGGUGGGCUCCCGCUUGGCCGCCCUGCGGCUCCAGGGGCUGUUCCGGCUGCGGAGGCAGCUCCGUUUGGGCUCCCGCUUGGCCGCCCUGCGGCUCCAGGGGCUGUUCCGGCUGCGGAGCCUCCGCAGGGCCCUGAGGGAGCGGCAGGAGCGGGAACGGGAGCGGAGACGGCUCCGGGAGCUCACCCGCAGCAGGAAGGAGCGGGAACCGCGCAGGCUCGGCAGGAAAAGGUACGAGGACGCCGGGCCCGAGGUGCAGCUGAGCGAGGAGAUCCCCGAGAACCUGCGGAGCCUCCGGCCUGAGGGGCACCUGCUCCGGGAUCGCUUCAAGAGCCUCCAGAGGAGGAACCUCAUCGAGCCCCGGGAAAGGGCCAAAUUCAAGAGGAGGUACCGGGUGAAGUACGUGGAGAAAAGGGCCUUCCGGGCAGUCACGUGA